AUGGGUGAUAUCAAAGAAACUAUCUUGAAACACUUAUUUCCAAUCCAAAAUGGAGCUUUAUAUUGUGUUUGUCAUAAACCUACACAAUCUUCUCUUCCAGAUGGCUAUAAUUGCAAAGAACUUACUUUGACAGCUGAUGGCAGGAUGAUAGCAUGCUACCACCCUUCUAUGGACAUUUCACAUGAACAUACAAAACCUCUCCCUGAACCAAAUCCUGCACAAAAUAACGAAGAAACACUUAAUCAAGUGCUGAAAACCAGAUUGGAAGAAAAGGGUGAACACCCUGAGCGAGGACCCACGAUAAAACAACUUAGCAAAAUGCUCUUUAGUACUAAGCACCAUCAAUAUCCUUGUUGA